AUGUCUCAACCAGCACAGCAGCCACAGGACCCUACCAUCCUCACAGCCGACGAAACGCUCCAGGUUGCAAAAUGCUGCCAAUUGGUGGAAGACGAGUCCCUGCGAAAGGAGGAGUCGGACAAGAAGACCACAGGGGAAGACGCAGCUGGUUUCCGGCUUAUAGACGAAAUCGACGAGACUUUGAAACCCCAUACUCUGCAUGUGCUUGAACCUGCUCUCGAUUACUUGCGAAAAAAGCUCCCAGAGAAUGAGAACACCCCAAGGGUGGACGUUGUUCUUCAUCUUAAAACGAUACAGGAGAUCUCCCGGGAAUGUCAGCCGGACUCCCUGGAGGCGACAAUUGAAGCCUUCAAUAACAAGCAUUCUAUCGACUCGGGGCAGGGGUUCAAGCUACUUAAAUUUGGGCACCGGGAACUCCACGACCAGGUCCACCAGCCUGAAGGUGACGCGCCGGCUUCCAUUCAACAACAUAGUAAUGAGACCUGUGUAGAGGCCGACUGCAUUCGUUCGUCUCUGAGAUGCUUGUUCGGCCGCAUUGUACCACGUUCAUUGCCCGGUGGGGACACGCUGUAUGACGUAUUGCCUUACCUCCCAAUAAUGGUGGUGCUUCGGCAGAAAGGAAGUCACGAGCACAACGACGAGGGCAUAGAGCAACCCCGUCGGCGCAGACAAGAUGCUGCAGUUGGCGGAAAUAUGGAACCGUAUGCUCAAGAGAGAGGCCGGACUAUACCCCGUCUGCACAGAGAAGAUGCCACUCUUGGCGAAAAUACGGAAGUCUCUAUUGAAGAGGAAAACGAAUCCCACAGGCGCUCGGAGUGA